CCCGUUAAGAGUCAUUAGGAUUUUUGUGCUGUGCUCUUUUUGAAGGAAAUUUAACCUGUUUUUCUGCAAGCUGUCAGGUGCUGCCCCAAGAUUCAAUUUACAGAACAAGGCACAUUCGUUCAAUUUUCAUAUCAUAUUUAAAAUAUAUUUAAAUAUACAACGUCGAACUUAUCGAUACACCUCAAGUCCUAUCCUACAUUGUUUCAGUCAUGCCUGAGUUAGCAGAAGUGGCGCGAAUUGUCCACUACAUUCGCACAUAUCUUGUUGGCAAAACCAUCACCCGAGUCCACGCCCAAGAUGACCCCAUCGUCUUUGGCAAAGCGGGAACCUCAGCAGCGGAGUUCAAGAAACACAUGGAGGGUAAAAAGAUUGUGGGUUCUGGGCAGCAAGGGAAAUAUUUCUGGAUAAUCAUGUCCUCGCCGCCCCAUCCUGUCAUGCAUUUCGGCAUGACUGGUUGGCUGAAGUUCACAAACGUGAACACGCAUUAUAGUCGAACCGCCCCGUCGCCGAAGAAUGAAGAACCGGUGUGGCCGCCGAAAUUCUGGAAAUUUAGGCUCCAACUUGAUGAUUCCUCGAAUUCUGAAGCUGCAUUCGUCGAUCCACGACGGCUUGCACGAGUGCGGUUGGUCGAUUGCCCUGGAGCUGAGAUCAGAAAACAUAGUCCGCUGAAGGAGAAUGGGCCAGAUCCCAUAUUGGACAAAGAUAUCAUGACGUUGGAUUGGCUAAAGAAAAAAUUGGCAAGCAAGAAAGUUCCCAUAAAGGCUUUACUGCUUGAUCAAGCCAAUAUCAGUGGCAUUGGAAAUUGGAUGGGGGACGAAAUAUUGUACCAUGCCAAAAUCCACCCAGAGCAAUACUGCAAUACCAUCCCAGAGGCCCAGAUCGAACAGCUCCACUCCGCAAUCAACUACGUAUGCUCAAUGUCAGUUGAUCUCCUGGGAGAUUCCGAAAAGUUUCCCGCCGACUGGCUGUUCAAGCAUCGGUGGGGCAAGGGAAAGCAGAAUCGUUCUCAAAAGUUACCCAAUGGCGACAAAAUUGUUUUCAUCACCGUUGGGGGCCGCACCAGUGCCGUAGUGCCAUCUGUACAGAAAAAAACAGGCCCAGUUGCAGCGGAUGCAGAAGAUGAGGUUACAGAGAUCGAUGAGUUACCGCCACCUAAGAAGAAGAGAGGCGCCGUUGCAAAGGAGAACAAAGGGGCAGAGAACCCUAAGGAGGAAUCUUCCACCAAGAAAGCUGCAACUAAGAAGUCGAAAGUUGAACCGACAGUAGAAGGUGAUGAGGAGGCACACGGGCAGAAGCAAAAGGCAGUUGCGCAAACUGAAUCAUCUUCAAGGCGUGGGAAAUCCUCUCGUUCGAGGAAGUGAUUAGGGAGGGAUUCAGGCGCAUGUGAUGGUUCACUAAGCAAAAGAAAGAAAUCGUUAAAACAGUUUCGUUAUUUCAUUGUUCAUGAGUAUAUUUGUUUCAGUAGUAUUGACGGUGUGUGGCCGAUCAUCC